AUGCCGCAAACACUGUUGCCGUCCGACAGGACGCUGUUGAUCAGUCGCGGCACUCGGCGCCUGAGCGAGAUGCUCAACAAGCGAUGCUACUGGGGCGGCGUCUCGGCCCUCGCGGCCGUCGUCUUCGUCAUGAUCGGUGUCACCGCGCUCCCUCAGCUCGAAGGCUUCUUCGCGCCGGCCCACCUCUCCGUGAACGUCACCGAAGACUCGCAAGACGAGCCGCAGAAAACGAACGACUCCAUCGGCGAAGAGAUGGCUUCCCUGGCUGCGACGUCGCGCCCGCGACCACAGCCGUACGUCUGCAGCACGGGCGCCUGCAUCAAGGAAGGUGGAUGGCUUUCAACAAGCCCGGCCCCAGAGAUGCCAGGGCGUCCGUCGACGAUCCGCCUCCUCUACAGCUACGCCGAGAUAAUGACCCGGGUGUUGGUCCAGAAGCACAGCGUCGUGCCCUCGGUGAAAGUGCUCUUCGACAACUGCGUCAACCCGACCGCCGAACUCUUUGAGCACAUACGGAGCGUCUAUUUCUACCUCCUAGGCUUUCAGGACUGGCCUUACUUGAGCACCAGCUCGGGCAGAAUCAGCGCCGAUGAAGUGUCUUCUAAGAUGGGCGACCUCCACCGCCACCUGGGCAUCGACAGUCUCUUCCAUUUCUCGCUCGUCGAAGAGUACGAAAACAAUGGCACUCUCUCACCCGUUAUUGGGGAACCAAAUCUCCUGGUAGGCAAACUUCAAGGACCCCUGAGCGAAUACCGAUUCCUCAGCGACGCGUUCCAAGCCCUGAUGCACUCUAUGGGCAAGGUUGCCGACACAGACGUCGCUCAGAUCGAACUGGACCUCGCCCAACGAAAGGCUUCGCACACGCACGACUGCAUGCUUUUUCCCAAGCACUGCGGCGCGAUGAGCUUGUCCAACCUCCCCGGCUCCAGGCUCUUCUCUUGGCGUCUACUGUUGGAUCGAGCCUUUGGGGACCGUAUUUUGGCCAUGGCCGGACACAAGGUCAAGGUAACGAGUUUGGAAUACAUUUCCAGUUUCACGAACCAGGGAACGCUACCGCGCAAGGCGGACGUUCUCAAUUACAUCGUGUUUCGCGUGUCCAUGGCGCUCUCGCCUUUCAUCAAGAACGUCGAGCUGCGAAACAAGCUGGCCUCCAUCGCGUACGCCGACCAGCCCGAGUUCGCCAAGCACUUACCCGCCACCCACUACUGCGUCAAGCUGCUGGACCGCAUGGAACCCUACGUCCCGAUGAUACUGGCCUACAGCGGCUCUGUCAAACUGCUCGGCUACGAAACGUUGAGAGACCUGCUCUUGAAGCGCCUCAACGCCAGUUUCUACGAGACCAUGCGCAACGACACACGUUUUUUCGGCGCCUUCAAGGAUAGCCUGCUGAAAAAGCUACGAGCUCUCUCCUGGGAACCACUGGUGCCGCGCAGUUUCUUCGACAAGGCGUUCCGCAACAAGUACUUCAGCAACAUGUACAGCAGCAACCCGACGCAGCCGUUAAACGCGUUCUUCUACUACUGGCUGAAGAACGCCAUGAUGAGGCAAAACUGGCUGUCUUCCGAUUGGUACAGGCAGUACAAGACGGGCUGGAAAGGAGGAUUCUUGCGCACCUACCCGUCCCUCGAAGCGCCGUACCGAAACCUGGAGAUACCACUGGCCGUGUUCGAUUUUGUUAUGUCGAGCCACGCGUCGGUGCAGCUGCUGCACGUGCCAAGAGUGGCCACCCGAGUCUACCGUAGCCUCUACCGUUUCAUAUAUUACUGGGCGUACACUUUUUACUUUCACACGACGGCUACGGACCCGGUGUCUGUCUUGGAGAACAUCCGAGGUUGCCUGCAACAAGACUACGCCUCCUUGAAGUCUCCGUUCUCCAAUGCGUCCUUGAACAGCGAACGGACUUCCUUAUCGGACCUGUUCGAUGUAUUGGCCAUCCCUGCGGCUUUCGAUGCCUUCCUGGCGGAGGCAUUGAAAGGAUCCAGCGCUUUCCAACUAGCGGGAGCGCUCUCUUUUACCCACGAACAGCUGUUCUUCCUUUAUUACGCUUUUGGACACUGCGAGAACAAUAACCCCGAUUUCUUGGCCAAGUGGAUGCGCCAAGGGUCCGAAAGCCCAGCCUGGUAUAGAGUGAACGGACCUCUCCGCCAUUUUCCGGCGUUUUCGAAGGCGUUCAAUUGCCCGGCUGGAAGCUUCAUGAACCCUGUUAAGAAAUGCGUCAACUAG